UGACAACUAAUUAAUGGUUGUACCGAUGUGAUAAUAUGAAGAGAUUACCCUUUUUUUUUAAAAAUUUUUUUAAAAUAUCUUCUCAUAAUCAAUAAUUGUUGAAUUAUAAUUUGGAUUAUAUUAUAUGGAACAUUGAAUAUUUCAUAUAUAUUGUACUUCAUUUAUAAAACAGAAGUCAUUUGGAAAGAAACAAUUAUCUCUAAGAUAUGAUCUAUACAAUCAAUUUCCAAUACUACUGAUUAUCAUUGAAGACAAAAUUGAAGGUUACACUUUGCCAAAAACAAAAAACAAAAAACAAAACGUAAAAACUGAGAAGUACAAGAAAAAAGAAAAGAAAAAAGAAAAACAUAAAAGAUAAUAUGAUAAGUUAUGACAACAGAAUACCAUUUUAUAAUUGUAUAUACCUAAAUCGAUUUAUAAAAAAAGGGAGAUAGAUGAUAUUAUGUAAUAGUAUUCAAUUGAUUAUGUUUUCAUUAUUCAUUAUCAAGUUAGUUACAUUCAAUUCAUCAACAAUUUAUUCAUUAACAUUUCUUCCUCCUAUUUCAUCUAACUUAUUAUUAUUGUCAUCUUCAUCAUUAUUGUUAUCCUCAACGUCAAAUGUUCUAAUGACAUCUAAAUAUAAGAAAUCAGAAUCAUUAUCAAUCAACCAUUCAACUGAUUGGUCAUAUCAAUCAAUAUUAAAUAAAAUCAAUAAUUAUAAUCAUAGGGGGGAAUCAUUAAAAUCAUUUAAUAAACAAAUUACAUAUACUCUUAUAGAAGAAAAAUUUAAUUUACCAAAAUUAAUUGGUAAUUUAAUUGAUGAUUUACAAUUAAAUAAUUAUUUAUUAAAUUAUAUAUUAAAUUAUUUACCGAAUAAAUUAUCAUUAUGGAAUAAUUAUAAUAAUCAAAGUAAACAAUUAUUAAGUAUUGAUUUAAUUGCUAAUCAAUAUCCAAUAAUCAAUAAUCAGAGUAAUUAUGAUUUAGCACGUUUAUAUUUAUUUCCAUCGAAUCAAUGGAGUUCAAAUUAUUUUCAUAUUAAUUAUUAUAAUUUAUUUAAACAAGAAUUAAUACAAAUUAAAAAAUUAGAUCGAGAUCAAUUAUGUCAUUACCAUAAUAGUAAUAAUAAUAAUAAUACAAUGAAACAUAUCAUGAAUCCAUGUAUAUGUUUUAAAAAUAUUUGUUCAAUAAUCAAUAAUCAAUCAAUCAAUAACCGAUCAAUCAAUAAUAAUCAAUUAUAUUUACCAUAUUGUCAAUUUACUAUAACACUAGCUAUGAAUUUAUUAAAUAUAGAUUUAAAUAUAAUAACCAUUCUAAUUCAAUUAAUGGAUAUUAAUGAUAAUGAACCGAAAUUUCAAUGGAAUCAUCAAAAUUAUAUUAUUAAUUUUAUAGAAAAUGAUCCAAUUGGUAAAAAAUAUCAAUUACCAAUUGCUAUAGAUAAUGAUUUAUGUUUACAUUCAAAUAUUGAUUAUCAAUUAGAAUGGAUUAAUAAACCAAAAAUCAAUAAUACUUUAAUGAUGAAUUAUACUACUAAUAAUACUACUACUUAUAAUAUUACUAAUAAUCAAUAUAUUGAUUUAAUUAAUUAUUUUAGUUUAAUAUAUAAUAAAAUCAAUAAUUAUCAAUUAUUAGAAAUUCAGUUAGAUCAUAAAUUAGAUCGUGAAUGGAUUGAUAAAUAUGAAUUAUAUUUAUUAGCUAUAGAUUAUUAUUAUCAAUAUGAUAUGAAUAAGAAACAGCAUACAACUACAUUAUCAUUAAUUAUUUAUAUACAAGAUGUAAAUGAUUGUAAACCAGAAUUUAAUUUAAUACAAACAAUAAUGAAUACUACUUAUAGUACUACUUAUACUACUUAUAAUAAUAAUGAAACAUUGUACAUAGAAGUACCUGAAAAUGUAAAAGUUGGUCAAGUAAUAACAAAAUUUCAUGCAAUUGAUAAAGAUAUAGGAAAGAAUUCAGAAAUACAAUAUAGAAUAAGUCAGUAUACACAUUCUAUAACAAAAUUGUUUUUUAAGCUUAAUUCUACAACCGGUGAAUUAAUUAUACAACAAUCAUUAGAUCGUGAACUAUUAUCACUUUCAAAUGGUUUACAUUAUUUAACUAUUACAGCUUAUGAUCAAGGUAUACCACAACGUAGUUCUAAUCUUUUUAUUAUUAUCAAUAUAUUAGAUAUAAAUGAUAAUUUUCCAAUGAUACAUUUAAUAGAUGAAACAGAAAAAUUUAAAAAAUUUAAUAUCCAACAAUCACCAUGGCAACAAAUGAUUCAAUCAAAUAAUAAUCAUAAUCAUAAUAAUACUAUAAAAAAUAAUCAAUUCAUGAUUGAACUUUGGCAAUCAAUAUCCAAUCAUAAUGAAUUAAUCAAUAUUUAUUAUAUUAUUAAUCAAUUAAAUAAUUAUUCUAUCCAUACUAAUAUGAUUGGUAAUCAACCAAUGAAUACAAUUAUUAAUUUUUUAAUAAUAAAUGAUCCAGAUUUAAAUGAAAAUGGUACAGUUCAAUGUUUUAUUAAAAAUCAAUUAUUGAUUUAUUUAAAGCAAAAAAAUAAUGGUGGCAACAAUCAUAGCAACAUUAAUAAUAAUUAUAACCUUAGUGAUAAAUUACAAUUUAUCUCUAUGGAGCCAUUCAAUUUUAUUGAUCCAUUAAAUUAUCGUCAACAACAGCAACAGCAACAACAACAACAACAUGAACAACAAAAGAAAGAAAUGAUUGUAUAUCACAGAAAAUUCCAGAAUAAAAUGGAUAUUAAUUUAACAAUGAAAGAAAAUAGUAUAAGUAAUAAAAAAAGAAAAAAAGAAAGUAGAAUAGGCAGGAAACAGGAUGUAAUGCCUGGUAACAAUACUAAUAAUAGUAAUAUAGAUUCAUUUUCAAAUCAUAAUAGUUAUCAAUUAAGAACUAAUAUGAUAUUUGAUCCUGAUCAAAUAUCUGAUCUAUAUUUACUGAUUGAAUGUUCGGAUUAUGGUUUACCAUCAUUAACAACUAUGGAAACUAUACAUUUCAAUAUUAUCCAACCUGAUAUUCAUUCAAUAUCAAAUGAAUUACACUUUUCUCAUUUACAAAUAUUGAAUCGUUACAUUAUAAAUGAUAAUCAUUGUUUAUAUUUUAAUUAUUUUCAACAAAAUUCUAAUAUACGCUCAUUAUUCAUUAAUAGUAGUAGUAGUAGUAGUAGUAGUAGUAGUAGUAGUAGUAGUAAUAGUAGUAAUAGUAGUAAUAGUAGUAAUAGUAGUAGUAGUAAUAGUAGUAGUAGUAUGUUACAUACAUACGGUUAUUAUAAUGAUUUAUCUCCAGCGAAACGUAUCUAUCCAACUAUCAUACAGAAUGAACAAUUUGAAACUAGAUCAAGUGUAUGUUUAAUUUUAAUGGCAAAUAUUCAAAUUUAUGAACCAAUAUUUAAUAUGAUAAUUAAAAUAAAUGAGAAAAGAAAAGAAGAGAAUUUUCAAAUUAUUUAUAAAUUAAUAGAGGAGAUACCUAAUGAAAAUCAUUUUACUAUUAAUUCGACUAGUGGUAUAGUUAGUUUAAUUAAACAAUUCAAUAACCCUACAAAUAUAACUAAACAAUUAAUGAUACAAGCUUCAAAGAUCGGUACAUUAUAUGAUUAUUCAAAGAAUCUUAAUUAUAAAAUACAAAUACUGAUCAAUUUGACAAUAUUAAAUUUCAAAGAUCCUUUCAUGGAAGAAUCAUCCAAAUUCAGUUCUUCAGACAGAACUCCCUACAAUAAUGAUGAUCAGGUAAUCAUCUAUUUACGAAUGAAUUCAUCUAAUUCCUUGAUAAAGACUUAUUCUAAUUAUACAUAUGAAUUUGAUAUAACCCAAUCAAUUCAAUCAGGAGAUUUGGUAAUAUCUAAUAUCAUUGUUUAUUGUAUCAAAUAUCCUUUAUUCUACAUUGAAAACUAUACAAAUCAUUAUUGUGAAUUAACUAUGUAUAAUGAAAUGGAUACAUUCAUAUCAGGGGAUAAACAAAACAUGGAUCACUUUCUUUUAAAACCGAUCAAAUUUUUAUGUAAUAAUAAUAAUAAUAAUAAUCAAUCAAAUAUGUUAUGUAAUGGUUAUACCAUUCAUAGGAAUCAUUUACUUAAAAAUCAGUUGAAAGAUCGAUAUAUUCUAACAAUAAAAUCAACAACAACAUCAGGAAGUUUCCAUGGCAACAUAUCAAAAAAUUCAAAGAUAUCAUCAAUUAAGAUCAUUCUUUAUAUUAAAAAAAAUCAAUAUCAAAACAAUCAAUUUAUUAAAGAACCAUUUUAUUUCAUAAAAUCAAUAAAUGAACCAUUUAAAUCAAUAUUUCAUAAAUUAAGAUUAAAACCUCCUUAUUGUAUAACAAAUUUAUCAAUAUCAUAUAAAGUAUAUAAAGAUUAUGUAAUUAUGAAUUUAAAUUCAAAAAAUAAAAAAAAUAAAAAAAAUAAAAAAAUCUUUCGAUUACGUCAUAUUUGGUUGCUAAGUCAAUCUAAUUUAAUGAAUAGUAAUCAUUAUAAUAAUGAAGAAAUGAAAAUAUGGAAUGGUAUACCAUUUAUUACAUUAAAUCCAUAUACUGGAAUAUUAAGUAUAAUAAGAGAAUUAUUAUUAAAUGAUGUAGGAAAAUAUAUAUUAUACAUAGAUAUACAAGAUUAUAAUUCACUUGAGUUAUAUAAUAUAACAUGUAUUAUAUAUCUUAAUAUAUUACCAAUGGAAUUACAUCAUAGACCAGUGAAUGAUUUACCUGAUACCAUAUCAAAUCAUCCCAUAUCUAUCUCUUCUUCUAUUCAUUCCUCCUAUUCAACAUCACCAACAUCAUCAUCCACACUAAGUUUUCCUGUACAUUCCCCUAUAAAUUCAUCUACAUCUAAUCACCAUGACAAUAAGAAUGUAUAUAAUUUAAAAAAACAAAAUAUCAAUAAUUUUUUAAAAUUUUUCACUCAAAAUAUUGAUUUCAUUAAAACAAAUAAACAUUUACUAUUCCCUAUUAUUAUUAGUAUUAUUACUAUAAUAGUAAUAAUAAUAAUAAUAAUAAUAAUUAUUAUGUAUCGUCAUAAAUUGAAAUCGAAAUUACAUAAUCAAUAUAAAUCGAAUAUCAAUAUAUCGAUUGAUGAACAAAAUCGAUUAUUAUGUUUAUCAUCCAAACAACAAAAUGAAGAUAUACUACUUACAACAAUGAAUGAUAAUAAUAAUAGUAGUAUUGAUAGUAUUCAUACAAAUAAUUAUAAUUUUAAUCAUAAUGAAAUGAAUACACAUUGUAAUAUAAAUGAAUUCAUUCAAUUCAAUUAUUAUAAUCCUACAUUGAAAUUAUAUUAUACAGAUUCAUUAUAUAAUGAAAAUAUAAGUAGUAUAGGAAAUAUGAUGAAUUCAAAUGUUGGAUACCAUAUGAUUCAUGAAAAUGAACCUGUUUACACUUGGUUAAAUACAAUUGAAGAUGAACAACAUUUAUCACCUAUUCAUCAUUCAUUUACUGAUCCUACUGUUGUAAAUAAUUUUUAUAAUGAUUAUAUAGAAGAAAAUCCACAGAUAACUAUGACAGAAACAAGAUCAAAUAUGUAACAAAGAGAAGAUUAUUAUUAUUAUGAUUGUUCCAUUGUUAUUAUGUGAUUGCUAUAUUACUGAUAAGACGAGCUUUCAUUCAAUUUGUAUAAACUGGGAUACUAUAGUGGUUUUCCUUCUUUAAUCAAUCAUCUUUAUAACCGUAAUUAUGUAGAUCCCAACGGUGUUUAAAAUUAGAGGGUAAUAGGAAGUGACGACUUCAGUUUAUUAGCGAAUAGAGGACAGACAAUAAAGUUAUAAGCACAUCAUGAGAAUUCGAAGCAGAGCGACGAAUUGAUGGUCAAUUCAAAUCAAGGCGCAGCUAGGCAAAGCAAAG